CCAAAGUGUGCAACAGAGAAAAUCCCACUUAUUAUAUCAGCACCUGCGCAUGCCAUCAUACUAAUAAUAACCAUCACUUUCUCCGGCGACAAAACCCUCGCCGGAAAAAACCGAAAGAAAGAAAAAUAGAAUUAAUUAAAUGGACGAGUCUUGGAGAAUGAGAAUGGGAACGCACGCGCCGAAAUUACCGAACCACCCUCCCCGGAGAUCCACCGGCGACACCUCCACCCACAACCGGACGACCCUCUCGGGCAACGGGCACCUGAACCCAGAGGACUUCGCCGACGUCUUCGGCGGGCCCCCGCGAACUGUUCUCUCCCGCCGGUUCGGCGGCGGCAUCCCGAGAUCAGCGUCGCCGUCGUCCUCCUCCGGGGAUUUCUCCUGCGAGGAUGCUUUCCGGCGGACGGAGGCGGUCGGUAGUGGCCGGAAAUUUCCUCAAUUUAAGAUCCCCUUUGGAAAGCAGAGGAGCUUUUACGGCGAUAUUUUUGGCUGGGAACAUAGUAAUAUUAAUAAUAAUAAUAAAAUUGACGAUGAGAGUGUUGUGAGAUCGAGAUCAAGAUCGAAGGCGAGCUCGUCGUCGGCGUUGAGCUCGGAGGAUCUCAGCCCUCUCCGGCCGGCGAUCUCAGACGGCGGGUACGACGACGUCUACUUGUUUGGGUCGAAGCUCAGGCCAAUAAAUGUCUUCCGAAAAUGCCGAUCCAGGCCUUUCCGAGAGGCCAACUAUAACAACCGUAACAUUUCCGAAAUCGAUUUCUUCGAGUACAUGAAAAACCGCCCUCUCGAACCAAGCCGGAAAAAAAAUGCAUCUCCCGAGCUCACAAACACCGAGCCUAUACCAUCUAACGGUAGUUUCGAAAAAUCAGACGACGAAUUGAAAUUCAAUUCCCCUUCGUCGCCCGCAGUUUCAUCUUCGUCUAUUUGUCAUUCGGAGAGUGGUGAGAUGAAAACCCGAGAUUAUGAAAUAAAUGAUGAUAACGAUGAUGAAAGCAUGAGCUCAUUCGCGAUCGAGUUUGAUAUAGGCAAAUGCGAAUGGACGUGCGAGGAAACCAACGGCGUGGAUGAAGCGAUCGCGUGGGUUAAAGAGAAGUCUCGCAUGAACCCGAUUUCUUACCAAGAAAAGUCUACAAAAGUGGGCCAGCACCCAUUUUCUCUCAGUUUCUGUCAUGGUAUCAGAGCCGGUUCUAUCUUGGACCGUGUGAUGACGUACCCAUUGUUUUCUCAUGAAUUUCUGUCAUGGUAUCAGAGCCGGUUCUAUCUUGGACCGUGUGAUGACGUACCCAUUGUUUAUCCCGGUUCUAUCUUGGACCGUGUGAUGACGUACCCAUUGUUUAUCCCCCACGUACCCGUUUAUGGGAGUCUGUUUGUAGUAGGGCUUGGGGCACCCAGCCCAGUUGGACUUGGGCUUUCGAAGGAAUCACAAGUGAGGGGGCGUGUUAGAAUAUCACUUGACAUUGAAAUAAAGGAUGAAUGUGCUGCCGAAGAAGAAACGAACAAAAUAAUAAUCGAUGAAAAGAUAAAGCUGUGGUCUACCGGUCGACAAGCUGACAUUCGGCAGCUGUUAUCAUCUAUGCAUCACAUUCUAUGGCCUAAUAGUGGCUGGGUCACGAUACCUCUUACGAACAUAAUCGAGAGCUCACAAGUAAAAAAAGCGUACCAUAAAGCGCAGCUUUGUCUACAUCCCGACAAGCUCCAACAAAAGGGCGCGACCCUUAUGCAGAAGUACAUUGCGCAAAAAGUCUUUUCUGCCCUUCAGGAUGCGUGGGCUGCAUUUAUCUCUCGGGAUGGCUUAUGCAGUGCUUCAUGAACUAUAAGAGCUUUGAGAUUGUGAUGAGUGAUCAAAUUCAAAUCCCCAUCUUAACAUGUGCAUAUAUGGUUAACGAGAUUGAAUAUUAUUGUUUAGAAUUGUUGUGUGUUUGUAAGAUUUGAAGGAAUUAAGGUAGGAGUUUUAAUUGGGUUCCAUCAAAUGUUGUGAACUUUCCAUUUUUGUGUGCCAAUUUGGCUUGCUUGUGUAAAGAUCUAUAAUAUUUGCAGGUCAUUGAACCGAACCAAAAUAAUCAGUUCGGUUUUUGUUUGAUUACGCGGUGUUUUGGUUCGGUUUUGUUACGAUUAUCGGUUUUUGAUUCGGGUAAACAAGCUCUAAAUUGUGUUUAUGUAACAUUUAUUUAAUUUUAAC